CCCUCUGCGGAGGGGAGGCGGGAAGGCGCGGGCCGCCGGGCCGCCCUGCGUCCUAGAGGCCCGAGAGGGAGGGGCGUUCAGCCUGAGAAGCACCACAGACGCCCCUCGGAAUGAGAUCCUGACAAGGGCCCUGCGGCCCAAGACCCCCAAGGGGCUCCCACACACCGAGGGGAACCCCGCUGAGAAGGAAGAGCCCCUGGACUGAAGUCUCUCAGCGGGGGGCCAGACUAAAACCCCUCAGUGAGACUCCCAAGAUCUAAGGGUUCCCUGAGCGGUCCCCUCACUGAAACCCCUCGGCGGGACCCUCCCGAUCCUGCCAGCGCUUCGGUGGGGGUGGGGGGAGGCCGCUCCGUGCCCUCCCAGGUCCCUCCCAGGACCUUUCUCACCCCCUCCUUCCUCCUGGGCCCUGCCUGCUGGGGCCCAGCCCGCAAGGCGAGGCAACUGAGGCUGGACAAGAGGACACAGGCUAGCCUGUUCUAGCCUUGGAGACAGAGGGCGCCUCUGUCCACUCCUGGCCCCUUGCCGCACUGGGUGUCUGUCUACGAAGGGGUGGAGCCGGUGGGGGGCGGGUAGCGGGGGCAGGACCGCAGACAGGUCUCCCCACACAGCUCCCUUAGCUACAUUUGCAGACUCGUCUGUCCGUCCAGAACCUGCUCCCACCUCAGGUCCAGGCUGACAGUGAGUGAGCUGCGAGAUGGGCUCUGAGCUGGAGACAGCGAUGGAGACCCUCAUCAAUGUGUUCCACGCGCACUCGGGCAAGGAGGGAGACAAGUACAAGCUGAGCAAGAAGGAGCUGAAAGAGCUGCUGCAGACCGAGCUCUCGGGCUUCCUGGAUGCCCAGAAAGAUGCAGAUGCCGUGGACAAGGUGAUGAAAGAGCUAGACGAGAAUGGAGACGGGGAGGUGGACUUCCAGGAGUACGUGGUGCUGGUGGCUGCCCUCACGGUGGCCUGUAACAACUUUUUCUGGGAGAACAGCUGAGCAGACAGCCCCAGUGGGCAGCGCCCUUCCCCUUCCCUGAUUCACCCGCACCCCACUUUUCCCUCCCUGUACUCCUACCCUUGUACACCCUCCAUCAAGGGUGCAAGAGUAGAGGGCCAAGCCUGCGGCUCAACUUUCAUUAAAGGCUCUUCUCUAGCCA